CUGCGCUCUGCCAGCUCACGGGCAUUAGCGCCCGUUCACGCGCCGCUGCCAUGUGUGCCCCAGCCGCGCCAGCGCCACAGUUGCUGCUCCUAGCGUUGAACGCGCUGCUGUGGCCCGCAGCUGGCGCCUGGGAGCUCACGAUCCUGCACACCAACGAUAUGCACAGCCGGCUGGAGCAGACCAGCGAGGACUCCACCAAAUGCAACAACGCCAGCCUCUGCGUGGGCGGCGUGGCGCGGCUCUUUACCAAGGUAGAGCAGAUCCGCCGAGCGGAAUCCAACGUUCUGCUGUUGGACGCUGGCGACCAAUACCAGGGCACCAUCUGGUUCACCGUGUACAAAGGCACCGAGGUGGCGCACUUCAUGAACGCCCUGCGCUACGAUGCCAUGGCACUGGGAAACCACGAAUUUGAUAAUGGUGUCGAAGGACUGAUUGAUCCACUUCUCAAAAAGGCCAAAUUUCCAAUUCUGAGUGCAAACAUUAAGGCAAAGGGGUCACUUGCAUCUCAAAUAUCAGGACUUUAUUUGCCAUACAAAAUUCUUUCUGUUGGUGGUGAACCUGUGGGAAUCGUUGGAUACACCUCAAAAGAAACCCCUUCACUCUCAAAUCCAGGAACGAAUUUGGUAUUUGAAGAUGAAAUCACUGCCUUGCAACCUGAAGUUGAUAAGCUAAAAACUCUAAAUGUGAACAAAAUUAUUGCCCUGGGACACUCUGGCUUUGAAAUGGAUAAACUCAUUGCUCAGAAAGUUAAGGGUGUAGACAUCGUGGUAGGAGGACACUCAAAUACAUUUCUUUACACAGGCACUCCACCUUCCAAAGAAGUGCCUGCUGGGAAGUACCCAUUCAUAGUCACCUCUGAUGAUGGGCGGCAAGUUCCUGUGGUCCAAGCCUAUGCCUUCGGCAAAUACCUGGGCUAUCUGAAGGUUGAGUUUGAUGAGAAAGGAAAUGUCAUCACUUCACAUGGAAAUCCCAUUCUUCUAAACAGCAGCAUUCCUGAAGAUCCAAGCAUAAAAGCAGAUAUUAACCAAUGGCGGAUAAAAUUAGAAAAUUAUUCUACCCAGGAAUUGGGAAAAACAAUCGUCUACCUGGAUGGCACCACUCAAUCAUGCCGCUUUAGAGAAUGCAACAUGGGCAACCUGAUUUGUGAUGCUAUGAUUAACAACAACCUUAGACACCCAGACGAUAUGUUCUGGAACCAUGUGUCCAUGUGCAUUUUAAAUGGAGGUGGCAUCCGGUCGCCCAUUGAUGAGCAGAACAAUGGCACAAUUACCUGGGAGAAUCUGGCUGCUGUAUUGCCCUUUGGAGGCACAUUUGACCUGGUCCAACUAAAAGGCUCCACCCUGAAAAAGGCUUUUGAACACAGUGUACAUCGCUAUGGCCAGUCCACUGGAGAGUUCCUGCAGGUGGGCGGAAUCCACGUGGUGUACGAUCUUUCUCGAGAACCUGGAGACAGAGUGGUCCAAUUAGAUGUUCUUUGCACCAAGUGUCGAGUGCCCAGUUACGAGCCUCUCAAAAUGGAUGAAGUAUAUAAAGUGAUCCUCCCAAGCUACUUGGCCAGUGGUGGAGAUGGAUUCCAGAUGAUAAAAAAGGAAUUACUAAAACACGACUCUGGUGACCAAGAUAUCAGCGUGGUUUCUCAAUACAUCUUAAAAAUGAAAGUAAUUUAUCCAGCAGUUGAAGGUCGGAUCAAGUUUUCUGCAGGAAGUCAUUACCAAGGAAGCUUUCCUUUAAUAUUUCUUUCAUUUUUGGCAAUGAUCCUUGUUUUAUACCAAUAGCCAACAAUUCUUCAUACCAUUAAUGUGAAACUGCAUUUUUUCCCAGUAAGAUUCAAAUCUGCCUUUUAGGACCUGGCUUUGUGACUUAGGACACACCAUCCUCAUAGAAAUGCUCUAAGCAAAAAGCUUUGUGCAAGGAAGAAACUGACCUCAUUUCUCAUGGCCUGCAACUUAGUGAGAAGGUACAGAAAAAUUAAAUAAGGCUUUUUGAGAAGAAAGCCAAGUGGAUUAGUUUACAUAUGCAGAGAUUAGCAGAAUUUUAUUAACAACCUAAACUAUGUAAAUAAUUCCUCUCCUACAUAUUCAUUUCUAAUCCAUCAAACAAGUUACAUUUACGUAGAACUUUAUUAUUUACAACAGGGUUUUAGGCACUUUGUUUGAUUUAAUGCUUAUGGUUUUCUUUGAUUGUAAGACAGGUGUUCUGUUAACUUAUUCAAGGCCAGAUAGCUCAGAUCCAAGACCUGGAUCUAGGUCUUUUGACCUCAAGUCCAGCACUCUUUCAACUAUAUUAAGUUGCUGUUCAGAACAAUACUGAAAGGUCUCCUCUUUUCAGAACUAUCAACAACCCAAGAUCAUGGAUGGCAAGUUUCUGCUGUAUUUCUGCUCUAUACAUUUUCCUUUUUGGCUCCUGUUGUAAUAGCAAGUUUAAACACAGGAC